AUGUCAGCGACUAGCCCACAACGAAUCACUCUGAUCGGACUAGGAACCAUCGGCAUGUCCAUGGCUGCUCUCCAUCUUGCCCGCGACAACGUAGUCGACGUCUUCGAUACAAGGCCUGAUUUCGAGGAUUAUCUCAUAAAGACGCUUCCAGGAUUCCUAGCUGGCUCUGACUCUGAAUCCACCGAGUCACACCCAGAAAAGGUGGUGGCUGCAUUAAUCUCAUCUGGUCGCCUCCAAAUCCACUCUUCACUUGAGACCGCAUGCGCAUCCGCCACCAUCGUUCAGGAGCAGGGCCCGGAAAAUCUGGAAUUCAAAAGGUCCAUUUGGAAUAAGGUCGAAUCCAUGGCUCCCGCCUCUGCGCACCUCUGGACGAGUACCUCGGGCAUUGCAGCUUCCAAACAGCAACAAGACAUGCAAGAUAAGACUCGUUUGCUAGUAGUGCAUCCAUUCAAUCCACCGCAUAUCAUGCCAUUGCUAGAGAUUGUGCCGUCUCCUGAAACAUCCUCGGAACGAGUGGAGUUUGCGCGGGAGUACUUCUCUAUUGCCGGCUCCAGACAUCGCCCUGUGAUUAUCCGAAAGGAGGUACCAGGCUUUGUGGGGAACAGACUAGCAUUUGCGCUGCUUCGAGAAGCUUGCCACCUGGUACAGGAAGAUGUUGUGACGGCAGGAGAUCUUGACACUAUUCUGAUGGCUAGUUUGGGCCCGAGAUGGGCGGGAAAUGGUGUGUUCGAGAGCUAUCAACAGGGAGGUGGGGAAGGUGGCAUUCGAUCGUUCCUAGAUAAGCUUGGGGGUACCAUGCAAAAUGUUUGGGAUGAUCAAGGGACAGUCAAUGUGUUGGGAGAGCAAGGAACGGAGUGGAAGGAAAAGGUUAUCCAACAGACAAACGAGGCCUAUGGGACCCAGACACCGGAACAAACUCGCGAGAAGGAAGAACGGUUGCGCGAGCUCAUCCGAAUACAAACGCAAAGAUAUUGA